AUGGCCAAGCACUGCGAGUCAGCGCUUGCAUUCAAUGGCUCCCCGCAAGCGAAAGACACCCGCCAGGCGACCAAGUGGAUCCAGAGCACCCACAAGAUCCUUGGUCUGCAGCAAUGGAUGAGCACCACACCAAGUCCCAAGAUCCCCGGGGUGGCUUCCUUCUUGCGAUACAUUCGCCAUGUGUUCGAUGGAGACAUGCUGGAGAAACAGCUGUACUUCAGCCUGACCCGGCGACGGCGGUUCAAGCGACUCGAUCUCUACGGCAAACGACAGCGCACUGUCCACGAGAUGUGCAAGCGAGUCAUUGACCAGGCACCAAGGGAGACCGAAGUGGUGAUUGCCUUUGAGAAUGCAUCCUGGAAACAGGGGAAGGGAUACGCAUCCAGUCCCAGGAGACUCAGGUUCGUCAAAUACUUUGAGCAGUUCCACCAUCACCAGAGACGACCACCAGACCGAUCCGUCUCCAAGAUCCAUGUGUGCUCGGUGAACGAGUUCAACACAUCCCAGGUGUGCUCACACUGCCGGGAAGCCAAGCGACUCGAGAAGGCCUCCGAAGCCAGAGAGAAGGGCCUGGCACGUUUCUUGUGA